CACCGUCCUAACAAGAAGAUCAAGUCGAGAGGCAGACUUCACGGACCAUCGAACUUCCCACCAGAAUUCUGGGACAACCUGUCCAAAGUUCCGCUUACGCGUCGUGCACUGCGAGAACUCGACCGGCGGAAUAGCACUCAGCCUGCCCUAGGGCCCGCGGUACCUGCAGUGUGCACCGCAUAUCUUGCCCGGUUCGCGAGACACGGCGGCCCAGAUCUUCGCCAUCUUCGAGCGGUAUGCCUGCAA